ACUGCUGUAUCCAUAGUAUUAUUGACGUAAAGAUAUUUGCUGAACAAGAUAAGCUGUACUACUGAACUGUACUACUGAAGUACACAACACAGAUCUACUGCUCUGUUAAAUAAUGUAUAUUUAUUUAUAUAUGAACCGGUCUUUAUUUACGAUGUUUGUAUUUCACUAAUGAAGGUACAACGAUGUUUGGGAGUGUUUUUGCAAAUUAAUCUGAAUUUCUAAAAAUAGGAGCAAAGGACAAAAUGUUUUUAAAGUAAAAAUCUCAAGUCAUUAGAUUAGUUACUGAGACAUUCUGCUGUGAUAUUAGAUUCGUUUUUGUCUUAGAGUGGUGUUUCUGCAUCACAUGAUACCUGUCUGUUACUGUACAUUAGAUAAUUUAGAUUAGGUUCUACCGUUGGGCCAGACGUCAAGAUGUUUUAAAAUUCUACAGCUCUGCAACUCAACCCUACAGCAUCGAGCAGACACGCCUUUGUGACAGUGACAGUUGCAGCACACGUACAGUAAAGGGAGGUGGGUGGAGGUUGGCUGCAUCCAGGUGUAUCGAUACGUCAAGUCCAGCGGAGGAAGGGCUAUGGAGCUAAAACAUACGUAGGUGUGUCCUAAACAGAUAUAAUUUAGGGCUAACCAGUUUGAUCCAAGGGCUUAGUCUUGUUAGUCUUUAGUCUUGAGACGGACCUUGACAUCAAAUGCUUUGAUGUCCCAGUCCUCAUGGCUCGACUCAGGCUACAAAUGAGCUUUCUGGUCCUGCUCCUGCUGCACAUGAUGUUGAGUGCAAAAGGACAGGAAAUGGAGGCAAAGUCUCGGAAGAAGAGAGAGUGGAUUCUUCCUCCUGCCAAGUUGAUGGAAAACACUGACUACACCCACAAGGAAUUCAUUGCCAAGAUUCGCUCAGAUAACGAAGAAAAGGGCAAAGUGGAGUAUUACCUCUCUGGACCAGGAGCUAACAAACCACCAAUUAACCUGUUUUUGGUCGACCAUGAUACGGGUUUUGUAACUAUCACCGACAUUCUGGAUCGUGAGAAAUACCUAUCCUAUAAUCUAACAGGAGUCGCAAAGUACAGAGAUGGAACUUUCGCAGAAGAAAAUGUGCCACUAACAGUGAUAGUCCUGGACCAGAAUGAUAACGCCCCCUAUUUUGAGCUCCAUACUGGAAGUAUUACCGAAGCAAGCAAACCAGGUAAUUCAAUUAAUGUAGUGUACACUGGUAGAGUGGAUGAAAACGUUGCAGAUGUGGUGGUGAUGAAAAUCAAAGCUCUGGACGACGACCUCGUCAACACGGACAACUGGCUAGCCGUGUUUACAAUCGCCAAAGGCAAUGAGGACAAUCUCUUCUCCAUCGAGACAGACAAGGAAACCAACGAGGGCAUCCUGAAGCUGAUCAAGGCUGUGGAUUUUGAAAAUGUUAAAAAUAUUGAACUUCGCAUCCGUGGAAAUGUGGAUGGUAGUGCAACAUUAUUGGAUGUGGGAGUUCAGGUUGGAGAAGGUGGUCCUCUGGGUGUUGGAACAGGUGUAGGUGCUGGGGUAGGUGCUGGAGUUGGAGCUGGGGCCGAUUUGAGCGCAGAGGUUGGGGUUGAUUUGAGCGCAGAGGUUGGGGUUGAUUUGAGUGGAGAGGCAGGAGUUGAAGGGGGUGCAAAUGUAGGACUCCAUCCCAACCUUGGGGCCGGUGUUGGAGUUGGGCUUAAUCCUGGACUUGGGACUGGAUUAGGAGUGGGACUCAAUCCAGGAGCAAACGUCAAGCCAAAAGCACCAGCCCAAAGUUACCCCAUUAAGAUAUCGGUGAAUAAUUUACCAGAGGAUCCAGCGUUUGUCCCAGAAACCAAGGUUGUUCCUGUGUCAGAAGAUCCAAGCGACAGUCCUAAGGACGGUGUGAUCACCACUUAUGCUGCAGUUGAUCCAGACACGGGUGAACCUUCUGAGGAUGUAAAUUAUGCUAAAGCCUAUGAUCCAGGCAACUGGUUUACGGUGGAUGAAGAAACAGCAGAGAUUAAACUCAACAAAGCACCAGACCGAGAGUCGCCAUUCUUGGUUAAUGGAACCUACAUUGCCAAGAUUCUGGCCAUCAGUAAAGACAUGCCAGCAAAGACUGCAACGGGAACCCUAGCCAUCAAAGUCAUGGACUCCAAUGACCACUGUCCCACCCUCACCACCAGCCACAACAGCCUAUGUGAUAACCAAAAAACGGUCAUCGUUACCGGUCAUGAUGUCGACGCCAAUCCAAACGCUGCUCCCUUCAGUUUUAAAAUUGUACCUGAGGGAACUAGAGGCAGCUGGACUGUGGGACAGAUCAAUGAAACAAGUGCUUUGAUCCAGUCUGAGGAAUCCCUGUGGCCUGGGUUUUAUGAGCUGCAGUUGGAGGUCUUUGAUGCUCAGGGUCUCUCCUGUCCAGAAAAAGAAGUUUUCACUGUUGAGGUUUGCACCUGUGUGGAAACAGACCACUGUGGCCCAAGAAAGGAGAGACAAACGGCUACUUCCUCAAAACUUUCUGUCCCGGCCAUCAGCUUGCUCUUCAUGGCCUUGUGCCUACUGUUGUUCAUUCCGUUCCUCCUUCUAUUCUGUGAAUGCGGAGGAAAAGGCAAAAUCUUUUCAGAUCACUUUAAAGAAAUUCCAUUUGACAACAAACAGCACCUUAUAUCUUACCACACCGAAGGCAUAGGCGAGGACAAGGAGGUUCCACUCCAAAGUGUUCCAAUCAUGUUGGGCGGGCAGAACAAUGUUGACGGGGGACAAACACUGAACAAAAAUCAACAGCAACAAACCAUAAGAGAAUUUGGUACUGUGGAAAAUCAUCAAACAUUCUACAAUGACACCAUUCAGAAAAUUUGGGAAGGCAGUCAGAGUUUAUUGGAGACGGACUACCUGGACUAUAACCACAAAACCGGACUGUUGCGUCAAAGGCUGGGUAACACCAAGGGUAUCUUUGAGAACAUGGCUCUACCUGACACUUACCUUCAUGACUACUUUUCACAGAAAGCAGUUCUUGCAGAGGCAGUGAAGGAUGAUUUGUUGGAUUUUAAUUAUGAAGGUCAAGGCUCCCCUGCUGGUUCAGUGGGAUGCUGCAGCCUCCUGGAGUCUGACAAUGACCUACAGUUCUUAAACGAUUUGGGGACAAAGUUCAAGAUUCUGGCCGACAUCUGUUUGCCUCCAACGCCUAAAUCAACAACGACAUUCAAAGAAGUUCUUCCAUCUGAGCCAGUUUUUAAGUCCCAAACUAAGCACACGGUUGACAUGAAAAAUAUGAAUACAAGAGUAGAAAAUGAGGUAACCACUGUUGACACCCCCAAACUGCCUCCGACGCAACACUCCUCCACGACACUUUCUCAGACUAACGUAACUAACUUCAGUCAUUCUGCUAACAUUAACCAUUCUGCUAAUAUUAACCAUUCCUCUAACGUUCAUCACUCUUCUACUUUGCCGUCUAUGCCAAUCCAGACUGUUGUCCUACAGCAACAGCCCAUGUACUAUACAACCAACUCUGUCCUACAGCCGGUGCAAUAUGUGGUGAACCCCCAGCUGCAGUCCACGGUUCUUCUAGCAGAUGGGACCCCUGGGUCAAAUUACCAGGGUCUGUAUGUAGUCAGUGGAGCCCACAGUCCUCCUGGAAUUAAUCUACCCAAAAAGUCAUCCUCUGGUCUACUCUCCAAAGGAGUCGAGAGUCCUCAAAGCCCUGGUAGCCCUACCAAUGUAGGCAGCCCUAAGCAGUUAGUACCAGGAGGUCCCAGUGUGGAUGGCUGGAAGGUAGUGGGGCCAAAUCCAGACGGUAAUUAUACAAUAGUAAAACAGAAGAAAAAGAAGCGUUCAGCCUCUUUUAAGGGUUCUUCACCCAAAGAUGCUGUACUGGUCAAAGAGGCCGCUUCCCCUCAGGGGACAUUAGUUACAGCGGCCUUGGGAAGUGUGAGUGGCAUUCUGCCACGUCACACUGUGGUUCAAGACGGGAAUGUUAUUACUUUAAAUCAAACUGGGCAAACGUGGGUUGGACUGCCGGAGCCAAUGGGAUUAGGACCAAUGACUGCUUUAGGAGUUGGUGUUGAGCAACAAAGUGUGGCUAGUGUUGGGACAGUUGGUGUGAAUCAGUUUCAUAAAGUUUCUUUAGAAAAAAGAGAAAUCAGGGCUGUUGAAAGUACAUCUAUACCUCAUUAUCAAGGAACAGGCAAAACAGUCAAGGUUAGAGAACUGAAGAUUUAAUCUCCAGAGAGUGUCCCAUGUGAGAAUCAGAAACAUCUCAAGGGUUAAAGGUUUGAGAAGCUGAUUCAUGACAGGAAAUUAUUAAAAGUACCAUUCCAAAGGUAUCAAGUGACGGAGCAGGCGUCAAUUGAUUGAUGAGCAACUAUGAUGAUGAUUAUAUGAUACAACAUGUGGUUGAAGUAGAAGUCAUGGUAGGUGGCAGCGAUACCAUCCAAACUUAAAGGAGAAAUGUUUUCCAGACAAACAAGUUCAAGAAAAAUCUGAUCUUUACCUCAUGUUAUAUGUAUUUUUCUUAUAUUUUUGGUAAUUAGGCUCCAAGGCCAUCCCCUCUUCCUACGGCUUCUUUUUUUUUCUGUCAUAGAUAUUGCUUUGUGAUGUUCCCUCAAACACCAAAUGUGUCCAAUGUCAGCAAGAUAGGAAUGCAAAAGAAGUCACAACUGGUACAAGUUUCCAUAUAGUAUACAGCCUCCAAAAGGUCUUUGUAAUUUAAGACCUAUGUUAUGGAAAUGUGAAUAUUUUUGGAUGCAGGUUCUGUUGGGUGUUGCCUUGGAAUCGAAUAUGUCGGCUGUAUUCAUUAAUUGCAGUGGUUUGUGAGUAGACCUGAACCUGUCAACUGUGGGUCCAGGAUGUCAGGUUGGAGGUUAUGAAGUGGACAAAUGGAUUUGUAAAAAUGAAUUAAGACAUUCUUUACUUGAUGUAGAAUUUGACCAGAUGCCAUGUGAGGUAAAGAAGAGUUAGGGUGGAAUUCUGCAAAGGGUGUGGCUGGAUUUAAAAUGCUUGAGUUCUGCAAACACUGGACCUCUUCCAGAUUCUUGGUUGAUACACUUGGCAGGAGUCCUUAAAGGGUAAAAGAGGAAAAUGUGAAAGCUGUUGGUGAAUGACUGACACAAGGAUUGACAAGGAUUAAUAGAGCUUAGAGGUGGAUGACGAAUCAAUGUGUUUGGAAUGCAGAUAUUGUGUUGUUGACACUAAAUUAGAAGGAGAGGAAAGAAUGGUGUUCAGAACGUCAUGUUGAGUCAAUGUUUGGGUACUUAGGUACACGUACGAACAAAUCAGAAAAACUUCUGGCUCAAAAUGUGGAGAGAAAAUGAAGCUGUUUGACCAAAAAACUCUCACAUGAAUGUGAGAAUGUGAUUAUAUUACCUAUCACAUAGUACCUGUGAUUACAGUCCCAUUACUUGGCUAUUGUGAAUAAAUGUGUCACCGUACAUA